AUGAGCAGUGCUUCGCGGCAGCAGACGCGCCGACCGGCUCUUGGGGAGGCGACUGGUCGGGUCAAUAAUACACAAACCAGCAUGGCUCCACCGUCCAAGGUGGCCCCCUCGAUGCCGCAUCAUGAAAGUCGCGGCGCCAAUGGACAGCUCGGAGACAAUGCUGCGAUGCCCCCACCUUCCCGACCUAAUUCUACACGAAAAUCAUCUGCAGCACCUCCGGUAUCAAAUCGACUCUCUGAGAUUAUGAAGGAUGACCAAGCAACAUCGUCCAAGCGGACUUCGCAAGCUUCCACCAGUUCAGCCAACAGUCGAAUCAAGGUUUGCGUUGGCCCUUGGAGACUGGGCCGUACUCUGGGCUACGGAGCUACGGCUCGCGUCAGACUUGCAAAGCAUAUUCAGACAGGACAAGUAGCAGCCGUUAAGAUCAUUGCGAAGAAGAGCGCCCUCAUUUCUCAAGCAGGAAGUCUUGCGGAUCUUGAAAAAGCAGACCUGAACAACCCAGAAGAGGAUGGCAUCAAGCGCAUGCCGGUUGGCAUAGAGAGAGAGGUAGCUAUCAUGAAGUUAAUACAACAUCCCAAUAUCAUGAAGUUGUAUGAUAUAUGGGAGAAUCGAACAGAGAUCUACUUGGUAUUGGAAUUCCUCGAGAACGGAGAAUUGUUCGAGCGCAUCUCUAGCCAGGGAAGAUUACAAGAAGUGGAAGCGAUGAAGUACUUCCGACAACUCAUCAGUGCUCUUGGCUAUUGUCACUCCUUCAACAUAUGUCAUCGAGAUCUAAAGCCUGAGAACAUACUCGUGUCUGCCGAAGGCAAUGUGAAGAUUGCUGAUUUCGGCAUGGCGGCAUUACAACAAGGACCAGACUUCAAACUUCGAACAUCCUGUGGUAGUCCUCACUAUGCCGCUCCUGAGCUCGUGAAAGGCCAUCUAUACCGAGGUAAUUUGGUGGACAUAUGGAGCAUGGGAGUUAUCUUGUAUGCGAUGCUGGCGGGGAGAUUGCCAUUCGAUGGCGGUAUGACUGACGAUAUUGGCACCGUGCUCAAGAUGAUCAGCAAGGGCCGAUACACCAUGAGUCCUGAUAUCAGUCCGGCCGCAGCAGAUUUGAUCAAAAAGAUGCUCCAGGUGAACCCUAAGGAUAGAAUCACUAUUGCCCAGAUCUGGAGACAUCCUCUGAUGCAAGCAUAUGAUCACCUAGAUGAUCUAGGAAAAGGGCUCUAUCCACAGUCACCAAGCGCGAAGGCUUAUGGGCAUCCUGUCUCUCGGAGAAGUGAGAUUGACAAAGACAUCGUCCGUCAGCUCAAUUCAAUGUGGCAUACAUUAUCUGAGCAGCAAUUGAUCGAGUCACUCUUGAAUGAGGUACCAAACGAUCAGAAGAUCUUUUAUGCUCUUCUCAGCAGACAUCGAGACGCUCAGUUGGAAGAUUACACGCCCGAACUAGAGUACUCGACUAGCGACUAUCAUCAUGUCAGACCCCCAAGAUUAAGGAAGACAUAUUCGACACGUCACUUCUCCCAAGUUGGCCACAAACGACAGGGAUCCAAGUUCACGGUCAUCAGCAACAGUGCAGAGACGGAGAAGAGUUAUGAUCCUUUCAAAGCUUCGAGACCUCAACGACUCAGUUCCUUGGGCACCACUGGUCCCAAAGUCACCAUUCAUCGCAACGACCGUCUGGCGUUACGGCCCUCUACACACUUAGCCCCACCGAAAUUCGGCCAGACGAGGAGCUCGCUAGCAAGUUCAGUGAAGAGCAGUACUAGUGGUAAUUACGCGCGUGCUGCGGGUCGAUACAAGCGUGGUGUGAGCUUUAAUCAUUUACGAGUCUCUACUAGCAGCUUGCCGUCUCCAGCUUCUUCGAAGGCUCAUAAACCUCGCCGACACAGUAACCAUACCGAAGUCACCGAUGAUGGUGGAGAUACUUUGCGCCCAGUGAACAAAGGUUCACCGUCCUCUCGUUAUAUCCGCUCUAGGAAGGCUCAGACCUCUCAGAAUGGUAGUCCUGCAAAGAAGGCUGUCCGCGCAAGUCUCAUAUGGGGUGAAGAUGUGCGCCAACUUAGCAGCAGCUUGGCCAAGGAUUGUGACGAAGCUUUCAAUCGGGGUUCGGUAAUGACCAGUGAGGAAACUAUCAUUGACCUCACUGUCUACCAUCCGGAGCGAUCUUCCGCCAACAGGAGCAAUGCGAUACCCUUGAAGUCCAAGCCCAACGCUUUAGAUACUCGCCCACUGCCUCCACCACCAGCUCGAACCGAAUCCGUCAAGAUUGAACUUGCGCAGCAGAAGCUUCAGUUCGAGCUUAGAAAGGAACUUGAAGGUCCCUCUGCGCAAGGCCAUCUGGACCGCAUGGUUACGCAUCUUGAUGAGCUGAUGCGAUCGCCAUCAUCUGUUACGGGAGAACGGCGUGCAUCUUCCGCUCCAUUCGAGACCUGGCAGAAAUCCAGGCAAUUGCCAUCGAUCCACGAGACUGGUGGUGAAGACUCGCCACCACGACGCAAAGACCAAUCAAGCCGGUAUCAUCGAAGUGACGCUAAGAACAGUCGUAUUGCUUCUGCUCCUGAACCUCGUGACAUGAAUCGCUAUCAGAAUGAUCGGUUCACAAAACCAGAUUCGUCCUUCAGAGACACUAUUCGAGUGGUUCCGCCGUCAUCAUCAGAAAGCCCUGUCAAGAUGCCAGCUCCUCUUACUAUUAGGAAGAAGAGCUCCCAAGCACCCAAGCCUCCCUUGACAGAUGAUACCGGCAGCGAAUGGGAGAGUUGUUAUUCAAGUUAUCAGCCUGCGGAGUCCAGCCUGCGUCAGCAAUAUAACAUGGCCGGUAGAGGUGCUGUUCCGAGCUUGACACCAAUCACUGAACGUCACUACGACGAAGAGACAGAAAUCAACGAGAAUGCCUCCGCUCCGUCAAACACAGGUACAGUUGUCAGAAAGAGAUCAGGCUGGUUUAGACGCAACUCUAAAGCUAGCGAUGAUUCCCGGUUGUCUAAUCUUGGCUCUGAAACUCAACAAUCGAUCAAGUCAGGAAAUGGUGCUAAGACGGCCCUCUCUGACCGGGGAGGAAGCGCAUAUGAUAAGCCCCAACCGCCACUACCCUCUCCGAAGAAGAAAGGUAUAUUUGGCAAACUUUUCAAGAAGCGAUCUAAAGCCGACAUGCAAGUUGCUAACCACGAUAUCUUUGAGGACGAAGCAAGCUUGCGAGACUCCGUGGCCAAUCUCAACAAAUCUUUUGCUGGACGCUUUGCCGGUAAUGAAGAUGCAGGAACUCGCCAAAUUGCACCUCAACGAAAUUGGCUGGCCAAACUCUUCCAUGUCAAGCCUGCGGCAAGAUAUCUAUGCUUUUCGGUGUCUCAACGUACAGCUCGCAAAGAAAUAGUCAUUGUUUUCAGGGACUGGAAGAAGUAUGGCAUGCGUGAUAUCCAGGUCGACAAGCGACGCAAUGUUGUUUUCGCUAAAGUUGGCCCGAAGAAUUAUCUUGACAUCAAGGAAGUCUCAAUCGCUGCAGAAGUCAUGACUGUCAUCGAGCACGGAAAGCGAUCCCAACUCAGCAUCGUUCGCUUCACUCAGGAACAAGGUGCUGCAAGCAGUUUCAACAAAGUUCUCGAUACUUUGGAGAAUGUGCUCCAUGUCAAGAAACUGCUUGUUCUAGACGAGUUGAAGUCAAAGAGGAUGAUCAAGACUUUGACUUCUUCUUGAAACACAGCAACUUCUCAGCGAUGACUGCUUCGCAGGCUGAAAUGCUGCAUGUGUCUGACGUUAGCUUCUAAGAUGCAGUGCGGGGUGUUCGAUGGUCCUCUUAGCAAUUUUGAUGUUACCGUUCAUUUGAAUGGCAACCCAAUUGUGUCGCAUAAAAUCUUCUCCGUGGUCGUAGAUCACGAGGGUAUGUAGAGUAUUGCACUGUCAGAAGUAGGAUAACAUACAAGAAAUUCGAGAGCAUUGGGUGGAAGAAGACAACAGCGUGAUUGCUGUGUGUAUAGGAUAGAGUAGUUAGAAGAGUG